AUGCAGCUCGACUUGUCCGGAACCUUUCACACCCCUAACAGGGAAAAAGGAACUAACAACAGGGAUGAUACCCAUGAUCUAGACUCUUUGGAUGCAGGAACCCCCAAGAAGGACAGUCAAGAAGGAGCCGAAGAAGGAAAAGUAGAAAAGAUGGUCAAAGAAUACCUCAAGACAAUCGAGGCCAAAAUAGCCAAAAUCCCUGGAAUGCCGAAACCCAUGGAAGAAGAGGCAGCAGAUGGCUAUAUAGAAUCCCCGUUCUCGGAAGAGAUCGCCAUGGUAGAGGUCCCAAAGAGGUUCAGCACGCCCAAUAUGACCAUGUAUGAUGGAACAACAGACCCCGAUGAGCAUGUAUCCCUUUACAAACAGAAGAUGAUGACAAACUCAAUCCCUAGAGACAUCAGAGAGGCUAUCAUGUGCAAAGGCUUUGGAGCUACACUAUCAGGUCCAGCUCUAACUUGGUUCAACAGGGAGAAAAUUGGAAUACAUAAGUGUGAUGCUCCCACAACAAUCGAAGCGUUCAGAAGAGGAUUGCUAGACCAUAGCGAGCUCUACAAGGAGUUGACUAAAUAUCCCUGUACAACCUUCGAAGAUGUGCAAGACAAAGCUAUGGCUCAAGUCAGAUUUGAGGAAGAUGCAUAUGCAAGAAAGACUCCCGAGCUAGAUCGCCAGUCAAGAAGGAACAACAACUUUCCCAGAAGGGAUCAUCGAUUCAAGUCGUAUCAGCGUUCCCGCAUUGAUGAGGGAACAGUCAAUGUUGUCGAAGAAGAAUUUUCUGAUUGGAGAGAGGAUCCUGAACUUCCACCUAAGUUACAUGAGUAUUGCUUUAACGUUAACCCUACAGGAGUAAUUAGGACCCUAAAUAAGAUGGGAGAUACCGUGCAGUGGCCCAGGAAGAGUGAAAGGCUUGGAGAGAAGAAAGAUCCGUCCAGAUGGUGUGAUUUCCAUUCAGAUAUCGCAAAACGGCAUGCAAAGGAGAGUAAUAAGGAUCAACCUGACAAGAGGGAGAAAUCCAAGAUAGACAUUCCCAUCAUGUUCGAAGAAAGCGAUGUAAUAGAAGGCCAUCAUGACGGCCUAGUGAUUUCACUCCCAGUUGGGAACUGCAUGAUCAAGCGAAUUCUAGUGGACAAUGGAAGUUCUGCAAACAUCAUCAUGCUCGACACUCUGAAACAUAUGAACAUAGACAAAAAGAACAUCGUCAACAAGUCAACAAUGUUAGUGGGAUUCAGUGGGGAAACCAAGAAGACAAGUGGAGAGAUUACAUUGGCUACGUGCGCAAAAGGAAUCAACCUACAGGUCAAGUUCCUAGUGAUUGACACUCUAUCCUCGUACAAUAUGAUCUUAGGCAGACCUUGGAUACAUGAGAUGAAGGCCAUCCCAUCUACAUACCAUCAAGUCAUUAAGUUCCCUACUAGGUGGGGCAUUCAAGAAAUCAGAGGUGAUCCUAGGGAAGCAAAGGAAUGUUACAAGAUCGCACUACAAGCAACAUCUUCAGAAAAGAGUUCAGCAUAG